GAAGCACAGUCAACUUUAAACGCCCGUCACAAAAAAAAAAAAAAAGCAAUCGCGAUUUUUAUUUUUCCGUCGAUUCUCCAUCUCUCACUUCGUAUUCUAUCCAAUCCUCCGCAAAUUUCCAAAAUCUCAGCCUCAAAAAGUAAAAAUUUUUCUUAAGUUUUUUGGAUUGUAUGCUAACUCUGGCUAUGUAAUUCGUCAUUAUCAAAGCUUCGGAUAUCAACUUGGAAGUGUUUGGAAGCUGAGAAAAUUAGGAAAAAAAAAAAAAAAAGUAUCUUUGGGUGGAGUUGACAGAAAAGGGAACGAGUGAGUAUGGGUACGAGUGCGUCGAAGAGUACGGACGGUGGUUCACAUGGAGGUGAAGGGCUGGAGGAGGAAAACCUAGACCAUGCAGGUGGGCAGCUCUAUAUAUCGUUGAAGAUGGAGAAUUAUAAACUCAAAGGCGAGCUCAUUCCUCAUGUCUAUGGUUCAGUUCCUAUCGUUGGUUCUUGGGAUUCCUCUAAAGCUCUUUCUAUGGAACGCGAAUCGGCGUCAAUGUGGGAAUUGAGCUUUGUUGUUCCCCCAAAUCACGAAACCUUGGAUUUCAAGUUCCUUUUGAAGCCAAAGUACAACAGUUCACCUUGUGUGGUUGAGGAGGGUCCAAACCGUCAGCUCAUUGGAGGAACUUUGCAGGGUGAUGCAAGGCUGGCUAUUUUUAGGCUGAACAAUGAUGAGGUUCUUGAGUAUCGGGUGUUCAUUCUAGCAGACAGGGUAUCACCAUUUGAUCUUGCAGCUAGUUGGAGGGCUUAUCAGGAGAACCUCAGGCCUUCAUCUGUUCGCGGGAUUCCUGAUGUCAGUAUAGAUUCAGUGCCAGGGAGGGGUGCUGAGAAUGGCUCUGCAGCUACUUUGGAGCUGGAUCUUGAACAUUAUGUUGUUCCAGCUCCGUCUACUUCUGCCAAUUCAGGUCUCGUUUAUGCAGCUAACAUGACAGAGACUCCGAGAUCAUUAACCCAUUCUGGGGUAUUCUCCAACUCUGAUGGCUCUGGAAAUGUUUCAAAUUCCUUCAAGGAUGGUGGUGGUAUUUCAGGGGAUCGACCUGCAACCAUUAAGGAGAUGGAGAUUGUUGUUCCAGAUCCAGUAAAGAUGUAUUCAUCAGCUGGGAUGGUAGAAUCGAAAUCAGUGGGAACAUUUUCACCUUUGCAAAAGCAAGAUGGUCACAGAGGUCUCUUUGUGGAUAGAGGUGUUGGAUCUCCAAGGCUGGUUAAAUCGUCUAGCUCUAGUACUUUCGCUGUUGAUCUCAAAUUGGAUACAGAAACCAAGAAUUCAAUGCCGGAAGCUUCAGGAGCUGUUGCAGCAGCAGCUGUAGCUGACCAAAUGCUUGGACCAAAGGAAGAUAGACAUUUGGCGAUUGUCCUGGUUGGUUUGCCAGCUCGUGGAAAAACUUUUACAGCGGCUAAGCUUACAAGAUAUCUUCGCUGGUUGGGUCAUGAAACCAAACAUUUCAAUGUUGGAAAGUAUCGACGCUUAAAGCAUGGAGCUAAUCAGACUGCUGACUUUUUCCGAGCUGAUAACCCUGAAGGCAUUGAGGCACGUAACGAGGUAGCAGCUUUAGCAUUUGAUGACAUGGUCUCUUGGAUGCAAGAAGGUGGCCAGGUUGGAAUAUUUGAUGCUACAAACAGUACCAAGAAAAGAAGGAAUAUGCUGAUGAAAAUGGCUGAAGGAAAAUGCAAGAUUAUCUUUCUAGAAACAAUAUGCAAUGAUGAACGUAUCAUAGAAAGGAAUAUACGUCUCAAAAUUCAACAAAGUCCUGACUAUGCAGAACAGCCAGAUUUUGAGGCUGGAUUGGAAGACUUUAAAACUCGACUAGCUAACUAUGGAAAGGUUUAUGAGCCAGUUGAAGAAGGAUCAUAUAUCAAAAUGAUUGACAUGGUCAGUGGACAUGGUGGACAAAUACAGGUCAACAAUAUCAGUGGCUAUCUUCCUGGAAGAAUUGUUUUCUUCUUGGUGAAUACACAUCUCACUCCUCGGCCUAUCUUACUUACAAGACAUGGAGAGAGUAAGGAUAAUGUUAGGGGCAGAAUUGGGGGUGAUACGGUUUUGAGUGAUAAGGGGGAGAUUUAUGCAAAGAAACUUUCUAACUUUGUUGAAAAGCGACUGAAAUCAGAGCGGGCUGCUUCUAUUUGGACAAGCACACUACAGCGGACAAUUUUGACAGCAAGUCACCUUGGUGGGUUCCCCAAGAUACAAUGGCGUGCACUGGAUGAGAUAUAUGCUGGGGUAUGUGAUGGAAUGACAUAUGAAGAAAUAAAGAAGAACAUGCCAGAGGAGUAUGAGGCACGUAAGAAGGACAAGCUGAGGUAUCGAUAUCCUCGUGGGGAAUCUUAUUUGGAUGUGAUUCAAAGGCUAGAGCCUGUAAUUAUUGAACUAGAGCGACAGCGGGCACCUGUGGUUGUGAUAUCUCACCAGGCGGUGCUACGGGCUUUAUAUUCUUAUUUUGCUGAUAGACCCCUGAAAGAAGUUCCUCAUAUCGAGAUACCGCUUCAUACCAUAAUAGAGAUACAAAUGGGAGUUUCAGGUGUUCAGGAAAAGAGGUACAAACUCAUGGACUGAACAAGUAUGCUUAAAACUAAGCGUUGUGACUUUUCUAAGUGCUGGCCGGAGGAAUUUCUCAUUCUUUUAAUUUUCAUUCGUUGGCAACAUGUACAAGUAGCAUAUAUUUGUCAACUUGUUACCUAAUAUAACCAUUACUCCGUAAAUUUUCAAUCUUCAAAAUCGAUAUCAUAUUGCUCUUGCAAAUGUCCCA